AUGCCUACCACCACGGUGCGCCCGCGCACCAGGACCGCUCCGCAGGCGGGAAGCGAAAAGACCCCCGACUUGCAGCUCCUCCGCCGCGCCGUCCCCAAGCACUGCUUCCAGGCGUCCAACACCACGUCGGCCCUCUACGCCCUCCGAGACCUCGCCGCCGUGUGCGUCCUGUCGCUGCUCCUGAGCCUCGUCCCCCACGUCGCCUCGGCCCCCGCGCGCUGGGCGCUCUGGACGCUCGGCAGCUUCCUGCAGGGGCUCUUCUUCACCGGCAUCUGGAUCGUCGCCCACGAGUGCGGCCACGAGGCCCUCUUCACCGCGCGCUGGCUCAACGACGCCGUCGGCUUCGUGCUCCACAGCCUGCUCCUCGUGCCCUUCUUCUCCUGGAAGUACACGCACGCCCGCCACCACCGCUACACCAACCACAUGGAAAAGGACACGGCCUUUGUGCCGCACCAGUCCAGGCAGGCCCUCUGGCGGUCCCGCCUCGGCGCCCUGCUCGGCCUGGCCGAGGACAGCCCCGUGCAGAACACGCUGCUGCUGCUGGGCCACCAGCUCCUCGGGUGGCCCAUGUACAUGCUCGCCUACGUGAGCGCCGGGCCCCAGAGCGGCUUCCGGCCCAGGCGCCUGCCGCUGCGCAGCCACUUCAACCCCAAGAGCGGCUUCUUCACCCCCAAGGAGCAGCCGUUUGUGCUCCUGUCCGACCUGGGCAUCGGCCUCGUCGCGGCGGCCUUGUGGCUGGCGGCGAGGCGCGUCGGGUGCGCGACCGUCCUCGCGGCCUACGUCGUGCCCUAUCUCUGGGUCAACCACUGGAUCGUUGCGAUAACGUUUCUGCACCACACCCAUCACUCUGUGCAUCAUUACAAGUCGGAGACGUGGACGUAUACCGACGGAGCCUUGUCCACGGUUGAUCGAGACUUUGGCUUUGUGGGGAAGCAUAUUUUUCACGGGAUUAUAGAGUUUCACGUUGUUCACCACUUGUUCCCACGCAUCCCCUUUUACCAUGCCGAGGAGGCUACCGAGUCCCUCAAGUCAGUUCUCGGGGAUCGCUACGUGUCCGACCCCAGCCCGUUUCUGCAAAGCCUCUGGAAGACGUUCGCCACGUGCACAUUCGUUGCGGAAAAGACGGCCCCUGGCGUCAUGGAAUGGGUGCAGUGA